GGCAGUGCAGAAACUUUCCGCCACCAUAUUUUUACAUUAUUAUUAUUAUUCAUGUUUGCGUCCACGAAUCGAUCACAUGAGAGGGAGGAGUAAUAGGUGGAGCUAACCUGAAAGAACCGGAAGGAGAAAAGUGAAUAAAAGAGACGGCAUUGCAUCCGGAAGUACUGCGUCAUUGUUUUUGUUUACCUGAGUGAGAGUGUGGGCCUGCCGUGAGAGGACGGAUGUUGUUCCAAUGCUGGCUUUUGAGUUUAUUGACGAGUGCAACACGGAGCUUGGCUUUGGAUCGUGUGAGCAUUUAUCCCAGUCGAUAUUUGAGAUAAGCUACGGACAACUGGAUUGUUUCCCGUCUGUUAUGAGGACAGAGAGCUGCUACACCUCACUCCGAGGACCUCCACUUCCGUAAACUUUGAUGACGCAGUCCAUACCCCGCCUGUAUUUUUUCAACAUUGACAUUUAAACUUCAUAUUUUUCAUUUGACUUACCUGAAAUAAAUCACCAGCACCAAACUGCAUCACUGGAGUACGAUUGUGUUUUUCUUCGUUGUUGUGUUGUUGUAUUUUUGUGUAACGGAUGGUUUGUUGCUAUCCGGGGCUAUUUUUAGCUCUCAUGAAUUGACAAGAUAAGUCUUGUCUGGCGCCCGAACAUUUAAAUAAAGUUUUUUUUUUGAAAGUGAAUUUCCCUAGAGGCUAUUUGGGGAGUGUGGAGAAAACUUUUGGUCACGUGACUUUGUGGCGUCGCGGUAGCGUCGCGGACCUGCGACACGGCGACCCGGGUUCGAUUCUCCCCUAUAGCAGACAUUUGUUUUCGUUUUUUUUUUUUGUUUUUUGUAUAUUUACACUUUGAACAAAAGGGCCACCGUUACAGAGUGGCGCCCAAACAGGGACAUGAACUUGAAAACUUGAACUUUAAACACUUGCACUUGAAAUCUUGCACUUGAACACUUUAAUUGAAUUUGAAUGUGAAUUGUCUAUGAUGUGAUGUCAUAACUCAAGUAUUCAUUUGAAAUUCUUUUUGAACUUGUUUAAGUGGUAUUUGAAUUUUGAAUUGAUUCUUUGAACUUGAAAUAACUUGUUUUGUUGUUUUGUCUAAUUUUUCAAACGUUUGUUUCAUGAAUGGUAAUGAAAAAUCUGUGGGAAACUACCUAAAGUGAGAUCACGUGGUAUUUGCUCAUCACUACUUACCUUGUGUUUUGUGUUUGCUUGAAAUUGAUGGUUUUGCAGGUGAUUGUAAAGAACAAUUGCUUAAACCUUUUGAAUGAACUGUGAAACUGUGGCAAGCAUUGAUUUCUAUACACAUCACACUGAUACCCAUAGAGAAUAUAGCACUUUAGUUUUAUUUUGUAUUUGUUUUUGUGCAUUGACAACAUACACUACACAAAGUAAAAUGACAGAUCCCAAUGCUCAACAUAGUACCCUUGUGAACAUGGAGGUGCCUGAUGUAGCCACUCCUCCUUGGCCACCGGUGUACCGCCAAGCUCCUCCAACAGGUGUUCACACCUUUUGUCACACACCCACACUUUUCAGAGGUUCUGCCCCACCAAGAGCACAUGUGCGGUUUGCAUCUCCACCAUUGGGUGGCAGCACUCCAGCUCAAGUACCCAUGGCAGAACAGAGACACAACGACUCUAUGCAAUUAUGUUCAACAACGCCAUCAUUUGACAUGACAUCAGCUAUUGCAUCACCCCCUUCACGCUUAUCAUCAGGGAUACAGUAUGAACUGCCAGGAGAUCUUCCAACACCUAGAAGAGAAAUUGGACAACUUACUUCACAAGUUCAAGGAAAUUGGGACACCAUAUAUGAUUUUAUGACCAAGCAUGAGAAGGCUGUGACUGAACUUACCAAGGAGUUACAAUCCAGUUCAUCUAAUCACAAGAAGGAGACCACUGAACUUGCUGGUAAAAUGGAGGAAAUGAAGCAGCACAUGUCCGUCACUUUAUCUGCACACAAAAAACAGGCCGACAGUGAGACAGAUCAGACACUUAAAGCCAUAAAACUGAUGUUAACAGAAGAACUAAAGAAGACUGAGAAUACUUUGGUAUCGGAAAUGCAAUUCCUUGUGCAACAAUUGCAGGCGGAAGUUCAGCAGGACAUUCAGGCACUACAAAGGAACCACCAAAGAUCUUCUGAUGAUUUGCUGAAAGAAACCAAUCAAUUAAUUUCAUUUACGGGGAAACUUUCAACAAACCUGAGUGAAUUGCAAUCACAAAUGGAGACAAAAUUCGACAUUCAGGAGAAAACCAUUGCUGACCUAAAAGUGAAAAGUGUUUCUUCCUCUAACACAUCUUCUCUUGUCACCACUCCAGUUUCCAUCCCUACUCCAGUUCCCAUACCUGCCACUGUUGUAAAAAGCGAUCACAUCAAAGUUACAUUCCCCACUUUUGGAAGACCUAGUGAUGAUCAAGAUCCUUUAUUAUACAUCACACGCUGUCAAGACUUUCUUGCUUUGCAUCCACUCACCGAUGAGGACAUCUUAGCCACCUUCAGAACUGUUCUCUCAGGUACUGCUCGUGACUGGUGGGAGGUAGCAAGAACCACAGUUACCAGCUGGAUGGAAUUCCAAUCUGCUUUCCUCUCAGCUUUCCUUGCAGAAGACUACGAGGAUGAACUGGCUGAACGUGUUCGAAAACGAACCCAAGGAGAAAAAGAGUCGAUUAGGGACUUUGCUUUUAGUUAUCGAGCACUUUGCAAGCGAUGGAAAUCGGACCUGGAGGAAAGGGACAUAGUUAAGAUGAUACUCAAGAACAUAAAACCCUACCUUGCUAGUCAUCUUCGUGGACAUGUUAGCACUGUAGAAGAGCUUGUACGUCUUGGCCACCAACUAGAAAGAGACCACGAACAACAAACACAAUGUGAUAACCGAACCAUGCCCAAAACCACUACCACGUCAGUUAAAGGAACAACAUCCACCCCACCUGUUGUACAAUGUUGGCGCUGCAAAGAGCUACAUGCCCCAGGCAGCUGUCCACAUUAUGUCUCCUCAAGCCAACCUACACAAUCUGCAAGUCAUCAGCCAUACUCGAACAGACGAAAUUAUCAUCCACACAAGCCAGGUCCACCUUCCAAUAAUACAGUGUCUUCAGUAUCUACAAAGAACUCAACCACAGAUCAGCAUAACACUCCCCUUACACCUAGAGAAAAAGUUCCCGGAAAUGCUGUCUGCAUACCACAACAGUUAAUGGUACCUGUUAGCAUUGGCCCAUGGAAAGGAAAGGCCAUUGUAGACACGGGGGCAAGUUACACCCUCAUCCACGAGUCACUAUGGAGAAGCUUGUCACAGACACCCCCUGACCUUCAACCUUGGACUCGCGGACCACUCUAUUUAGCAAAUGGAAAAGCAGAAGUACCCUUAGGAUGGAUCAAUACAGGUAUAAAUUUGCACAAUCAUUCUUUCACAAUACCUGCCGCUGUCCUUUCCACACAUGCCUUAGCGUAUGCUGUAGUCUUAGGGUUAGACUUCAUUUUCUUCAGUGGCCUACAAAUCAACGUAAUAGAUCAAAAAUACUCAUUCAAGAUUGCGCCCACAGAAGAAUAUCCUUUUCAACCAGGAGUUGCAAGUAUCCCACCUUGUGUUGACUCAUCACAUAAGAAAACCAAACCAACCAAGCCCAGUUUACACUUGAUGACAUCUGUACCUCCACCUACACCCUUACUGGUCCUGCAGCAACCUGAUAUAGCCUCUGAUGAAGUAUGGAAAGCAGACCUUACACCAUAUCCUUACAAGCAACUCUGA